CGAUGAUCGUGAACCGACGAUUGCUGCAUUCCAUUCGACAGGCUUCGGUGACACCAAUAGGGCGCGGGUCUCUUCGAUAAGGGGAGCCGCAAACGGAAUUUAUGAGUUCCCGUGCUUUAUAGUGUACAAUCGGUAAACAUUCGGGGAGCAAUUGGGUGGGUUUGAUUGGUUUUCCACUGUCUGCGACUGGCUUAUCGAGCACCGGUUUGUGGGUCCAAUCCAAUUUAUUUUGCUUAGCUUGGAACCGUGGUUGGAGUUCUGGGAAGGGGACACCACUCCGGCCGUGUCAAAAAGGGCACACGGCCGGUAAGCUCAAAGCUAACGAAACGUCGCCGGCCGGCUAAGGGUAAACAUUACCAGAACACGUAGCUGUCAGAACUGUUUGCACAAACCGUUUGCUUCCUCUGUGUGUCUGUGUACUUAUCGGCUUACGGUUGACAAGGCGUUGUUGUCAUCGGAUCUGAUAGGCGUGUGCACUCGCAUAAAGCAUGCCGGAGUUUGGCUGCAAAGAAAAAAACGAAACAGACAAAACAGGCAAACAAACAAAUUCCCUUUUUUAGAUUUUGCCCAUGGAAAGUUAGCUUUUCGCACUUUAAACUCCGGAGCUAAUGCUUGGAAAAGCAAUAAUUUCCUCAGCAUGGUCGGUUCGCUCGGUCAACCACGGCCACACAAAGCCCACGCUGACAGAUCCAUCCCGGUCGAGCAUCUUUCGACUUCCAACACGAAUGUUCUCUCCCGAGGAGUGGGUCCCCGUGGAGGAUCGGUAAACCGUCCACUAAUCGAGUACCUAAAUCCCACAUCACUAAUCAUCCCGCCCCGGGAAGAACUGGCAAACUACGGGCAGAACGGUUCAGUGUGGCGAUUGUGUGUUGCGAACGGGGAACCCAAACAUUGCUGCAGACGCUUCAUAAACGAGCAUCAGGUCGUCCUCGAGCCGACGUGUGACCGUGUCCAAACCCCGUAAAAUGGCAUUGUGCUGCUGGCCUGCCACCUACCGGGCUUUUAAUUUCUAUUUUGCAUCCUCUCAAAGACGGUCUAUAAUGAUGCCGGAGGUGUCCCAGCAGAGGGAAAGGUCGACGUGGGACGCUCAUAAUCAUUCUCGACGGUUUGUCCCGGUCGGCCUUGGUCGAGUCGAAUUCUUCGCCAGUAUCGUAAAAGUCGUUUCGUAUUCGGAAUCGUAAAAUGGUUUAUAUCUUUACGAACUUUCUUUCCCUAAGCUGUAAGCCCUCGAACCUUUACGCUUUUGGCCAGUUUGGUCCAUCCAGUACGGUGAUAGGCGAUAGGCUAAUUUUGGAUGAGUUUUGCAAAGCCGAACGCCCGUCGGCGAACGACGAUUCAUGAGCGUCCUGAAGCUGUUCCGAUGGCGUGUUUGUAUUGACAUUACAUUAAUAA